CAUGCUUACCCCCGAGUCUGUGGGAAAAGCAAAGCCCAGAAAACACGGGAAGCAAUGGCUGAGCACGGAGCUCACAUUACAGUUGCUUCUGUGGUCGAUGACCAGCCAUCCAUCUUUGAGGUGGUGGCACAGGACAGUCUAAUGACAGCAGUGAGACCUGCCCUUCAACAUUUGGUCAAGGUUCUUGCCGAAUCACAUCCUGCCCACUAUGGCUUCUUUUGGAGGUGGUUUGAUGAAAUCUUUACUUUCUUGGAUCUUCUCCUUCAGCAGCAUUACUUGUCUAAAACUAGUGCGUCAUUUUCUGAAAAUUUUUAUGGUUUAAAACGGAUCGUUAUGGGGGAUACACACAAGCUUCAGAGAUUGGCCAGUGCUGGUCUCCCAAAGCAGCAGCUUUGGAAAUCAAUUUUGUUUUUGGUUCUUAUUCCCUAUCUGAAAGUGAAGCUGGAGAAGCUGGUUUCUAGCCUGAAAGAAGAGGAUCAAUAUUCUAUCCAUCCCCCUUCUUCCCACUGGAAACGAUUUUACCGAGCCUUCCUGGCAGUCUAUCCAUUUGUUAACAUGGCCUGGGAAGGCUGGUUUCUUAUACCACAACUCCGAUAUAUCCUAGGAAAGGCUCAGCAUCACUCACCAUUACUGCGGCUGGCUGGAGUUAGGUUAGGGCGACUGACCCUUCAGGACAUACAAGAUCUGGAGCACAAGCCAGCUGAAGGCAGCACGAAGCAACUAUCAGCCAGUGUCAGUGAGAAGAUAAAGUCAGUGCUGAAGAAAGCUAUGGGAGGUGUUGCCUUAUCCCUCUCUACUGGCCUGUCUGUGGGUGUAUUCUUCCUGCAGUUCCUUGAAUGGUGGUACUCAUCUGAAAAUCAAGAAACUAUCAAAUCACUGACUGCAUUACCAAUUCCACCCCCACCUAUACACCUGGACUACAAUUCUGAUUCUCCAUUACUGCCCAAAAUGAAGACUGUGUGCCCACUGUGUCGUAAAACCCGGGUGAAUGAUACUGUUCUUGCCACCUCUGGCUAUGUGUUUUGUUAUCGAUGUGUGUUUAAUUAUGUAAGAAGUCAUCAAGCUUGUCCCAUUACAGGUUAUCCAACAGAAGUACAACAUCUAAUUAAACUGUACUCCCCUGAGAACUAA